AUGCCCCUCCUCUACCUCCCCAAUGAACUCCUCCUCCUCGUCGCCUCGACCCUCCCAAACUCCGCUAUCGCCUCGCUCCUCUUGACAAACCGCCGCCUGAACUCCCUCCUGACCCCUCUCCUGCACGCGCACUUCAUCCCGCCCGAAGAUGGCCUUCUCUUCUAUGCCAUGCGACACAACAACACCCCCCUCGCAACACUCCUCCUCACAAACAGCUUUGCCUCCCCCACCGCUACAGACCCCGACAACGGCCGCACCCCACUCCAUUGGGCCGCCAUGCACGGCCACGACCUUAUCGCGCACCUAGUGCUCGCCAACGGCGCAGACGUCUCCGCGGUCGAUUUCGACCGCAAGACAGCGCUGCAGCUGGCCGCGGUGGGUGGUCACGUGUCCAUGGUUGGACUGCUGCUGGAGGCGGGCGCAGACCCUGAGGGCGUCAGCGCGGGCGGGCAGACUGCUGUGCACUCGGCUGCGCGGAAUGGGCAUGUCGGGGUGUUGCGGUUCCUGUUGGAGCGGGGGUGCGGCGUGAGCGUGAAGGACAAGGACGGGAAGACGGCGAUGCAUUGGGCGGCGAUGUGUGGCUGUGAGGAUGCGGUUUUGGUGCUGCUGGAGAGGGGCGCAGAGGUGGGUGGGAGGGAUAAAAAUGGGAGGACGCCGCUGCACUGGAGUGCUAUUGGUGGGAGGGAGGCGGUGGUGAGGUUGCUGGUGGAGAAGGGCGCGGGCGUCCAUGAGAGGGAUGAGGGUGGGCGUACGCCGCUGUUCCUGGCGGCCGCACAUGGCCAUGAGUCGACGGUGACGGUAUUGUUGGAAAAGGGUGCGGGCAUUGAUGUGAGGGAUCGGGAAAGAAAGACUCCACUUCAUGCAUGUGCGGCCUCCGGAAGGCUGGCAGUCGUAAAGCUUUUGUUGGCAAAGGGCGCGGAUCCCUCAUGUCGUGACUCUGUAAAGAGAACACCACUACAUUGGGCUGGAUACUCAAAUAAUCCGGUGCCAAUGAUCCAAUUGCUUCUUAGAGAGGGUGCACAGGUCUCUGUCAAGGAUGACAAGGGACACACCCCGCUGCAUAUCUCUGCCCGGCACAUGAAUGUCCGUACUGCUGCUAUCCUGAUCGAAGGCGGCGCAGAUGUCAAUUCGUAUGACAAUGAUGCACAAACCCCGCUCCAUGAAGCUGCUUCUCAACUCUAUGGACAGGAUACAGUUGCCCUCCUCCUUACCAAGGGUGCCGAUGUCGAGGCUGUCACAAAGGACGGAAAGACAGCCCUUCAUCUAGCAGUAAUUCACGGCCAUGAUACAUCUGCAAGGCUCAUCCUAUCUCAUGGGACUAACGUUGACCAUCCCGAUAAGUCCGGCAGGACACCCCUCCACUAUUCAGUCAUAUACGGAAAACAGCCACUGCACCUGGUAAAUUAUACACCUCCCACCAAAAUCACACUCUUCAAUCUUCUCCUCUCCCACAAAGCAAAGAUCAACUGCACCGACCGCACAGGCAUCACCCCGCUCCAUCUCGCCGCCAAAAGCGGAAACCCUGCCCUUAUUUCCGCCCUUCUUUCGAACGGCGCCGAUGUCAACGCCCGCACUUGGUCCAACCAUAUAACCCCCGGCCGCACUCCGCUCCACGAAGCCGGAGAGCCACCCCAGACCCUCAAGCUCCUCAUUAGCCACGGCGCGGACGUAAAUGCGGUCGACUCGAAAAAGCAGAAUCCGCUGCAUGUGCUUUUGGGAAAGGGGUGGAGCGUAACACGGGAAGUAGUAGAGAUACUGCUGGAUGCGGGGUGCGAUAUUUAUGCGAAAGACGAAGAGGGGAAGACCGCCAUGCGGCUUGCUUAUGUGGCUGGAGCGGAUGAUGUCGUCGCCUUGUUGGCGGAGAGAGGCGCGGAGAGAUGCCCAGAGAUUGUGACGGACAGCUUUGACCUGGAGAUACAGCCAGUUGAGGGUGAACUUGAAAUUGUGGGACACUUGGACAGUGAUGAGGAUGAUGACUUGGAUGACGAUGAUGAUGACUUGGAUGACGAUGACGAUGAUGACAGCGAGAGUGAAGAAGGAGUGAUUGUGGACGACGUGGGUGAGGAGAAGGAGAUGCUGAAGAGGGUCCAGGAGGUAGGAGACUGGUAUGAUAUUGUUGGCGAAUCCGGAGUAACGGCGUAA